CGCUCCGGGAGGCGGCUGCCGCAAGCGCCGGCCGGCGACGGAAGGCGGCGCCCGCCCGCUUCCUCGGGAAUCCCCGCUGCGCCGAUCCUGAGCGCUGCCCCGCGGCCCGGCGGGAUGGACGACCCUCGGCGCUGAGCCCUGCUGCGGGAGGAUGCCCCACUCGGCAGCGGCGGCUGCAAUUUCUCGCCUUCCCGGGAAUGGAACUGGGGAAGAUGGCGCAAGUGUGCUGGACGCUCCUGGUGCUCCGCAUCCUUCUGGCCGAGUCCGCUUUCCUCCACGGGCCCGAGAGGAGCUACCCCAUCCUCAACAUCGCUGUCAUUCUGGGAAGGACGCAGCACCUGACGGAACGGGACCUCCGCGGCCUCUGGACGGGGGAGAUGGCGGCCAACUUCACCCUUGAGGUCAACGUCGUCCCCCUCCUGGUCAACCAGACCGAUCCCAAAAGCAUCAUCACCAACGUGUGCGACCUCAUGUCGGGCACCAAGGUCCACGGGGUGGUUUUUGGAGACGAUACCGACCAGGAGGCCGUGGCGCAGAUUUUGGAUUUUAUUUCAUCGCAGGCCUUCAUCCCGAUCUUGGGGAUUCACGGCGGCUCUUCUAUGAUCAUGGCGGAAAAGGAUGCCAUGUCCACGUUUUUCCAGUUUGGGGCUUCAAUCGAGCAAGAAGCCAUCAUCAUGUUGAAAUUCAUGCAAUAUUACGACUGGCAUGUCUUCUCGCUGGUGACCAGCACCUUUCCCGGCUACCGGGACUUCAUUAGCUUCGUCAAGUACACUGUGGAGAACAGUUUUGUGGGCUGGGACAUGCAGAAUAUUAUCACCUUAGAUGCGCCGAUUGGUGAUGCCAGGACAACGGUGCAACUGAAGAAGAUCCACUCCUCGGUCAUCAUGCUGUACUGUUCGAAAGACGAAGCCGUCUAUGUCCUGGAAGAAGCUCGCUCGCUGGGCUUAACCGGGUACGACUUCUUCUGGAUUGUCCCUAGCAUGGUCAGUGGGAACAUGGAGAUCACACCUCAAGCGUUUCCCGCCGGGUUGAUUUCUGUGGCCUAUGACGAAUGGGACUACAGUUUGAAGGCUCGAGUCCAGGAUGGCCUUGGGAUUAUUACCAUGGCAGCAGCUGCCAUGUUGGACAGGUACUCCUUCAUCCCCGAAGCGAGAACCAGCUGCUACAGCCAGCAAGAGAGGAAUGAGCAACCAUCUCACACCCUACACAACUUUAUGAUGAAUGUGACCUGGGAAGCGAAGGACUUAUCCUUCACCGACGACGGCUACCAAGCGCACCCCAGACUGGUGGUCAUUGUGCUGAACCAGACGCGGGAGUGGGAGAAGGUUGGGAAAUGGGAGAACAAGACGCUGACCCACAAGUAUUCUGUCUGGCCCCGGUUCAAUUCCUUCAACGACAGCGACCCGGACAACAACCACCUCAGCAUCGUCACCUUGGAAGAAGCUCCGUUUGUCAUUGUGGAAGAUAUGGAUCCUUUGACGGAGACUUGCGUGAAGAACACCGUGCCAUGCCGGAAGUUUGUCGUCAUAAACAACAUCACCAAAGAAGGGAGGAACGUGAAGAAGUGCUGCAAGGGAUUCUGUAUUGACAUCCUGAAAAAGCUGUCCAAGGCCAUCAAAUUCACCUAUGACCUCUACCUGGUGACGAAUGGGAAGCACGGGAAAAAGAUCAAUAACGAGUGGAACGGAAUGAUUGGGGAAGUGGUCAAAAAGCAGGCUGUGAUGGCUGUCGGGUCCCUCACGAUUAACGGGGAGCGUUCGGAGGUGGUUGACUUCUCUGUGCCGUUUGUGGAGACGGGGAUCAGCGUCAUGGUGUCGCGGAGCAACGGCACAGUGUCUCCAUCUGCCUUUUUGGAACCCUUCAGCGCUUCCGUCUGGGUGAUGAUGUUCGUCAUGCUGCUGAUCGUGUCUGCCAUCGCGGUCUUCGUGUUUGAGUACUUCAGCCCUGUGGGCUACAACCGGAACUUGGCGCAAGGGAGAGAUCCCCACGGACCAUCCUUCACGAUCGGCAAAGCCGUCUGGCUGCUCUGGGGGCUGGUGUUCAACAACUCCGUGCCGGUUCAGAACCCGAAAGGGACGACCAGCAAGAUCAUGGUGUCGGUUUGGGCCUUCUUCGCCGUCAUCUUCCUGGCCAGCUACACAGCCAACCUGGCUGCCUUCAUGAUCCAAGAGGAAUUUGUCGACCAGGUGACUGGCCUGAGUGACAAGAAGUUUCAACAGCCGUACGCUUAUUCACCCCCUUUUCGCUUCGGGACGGUACCGAACGGGAGCACCGAGAGAAACAUCCGGAAUAACUACAAGGAGAUGCAUGCGUACAUGGUGAAGUACAACCAGAAAGGAGUGGAAGAUGCUUUGGUCAGCUUGAAAACUGGGAAGCUGGAUGCUUUCAUCUACGACGCGGCAGUGCUGAACUACAAGGCCGGGCGGGACGAGGGGUGCAAACUGGUGACCAUCGGCAGUGGGUACAUCUUCGCCACCACUGGCUAUGGCAUUGCCCUCCAGAAAGGGUCUCCGUGGAAGAGGCCCAUCGACCUGGCCCUCUUGCAGUUCGUUGGAGAUGGGGAGAUGGAGGAGCUGGAGACCCUAUGGCUCACCGGCAUUUGCCACAACGAGAAGAACGAGGUCAUGAGCAGCCAGCUGGACAUUGACAACAUGGCGGGCGUCUUCUACAUGCUUGCAGCUGCCAUGGCGCUCAGCCUGAUCACAUUCGUGUGGGAGCACUUGUUUUACUGGAAGCUGCGGUUCUGCUUCACCGGGGUCUGCUCCGAUCGGCCAGGACUGCUGUUUUCCAUCAGCAGGGGCAUUUACAGCUGCAUUCAUGGAGUGCACAUCGAGGAAAAAAAGAAAUCGCCCGACUUCACUUUAACGAGCUCCCAGACGAAUAUGUUAAAACUCCUGCGAACGGCCAAGAACAUGACUAAUUUGGCUGACAUGAACCCCUCCAGGCUCAAUUCCCCUAAAAGGACCCCUGAUUUCAUUCACAGGGGAUCUUUAAUUAUGGACAUGAUGAUGGACAAGGGGAAUCUGAUCUUCUCAGACAAUAGAACCUUCCCAGGGAAGGAGAAAGUUUUCAGUGAUAAUAUAAGCGAGUUGCACACCUUUCCCGGCAACCGCCACAAAGAUAACCUCAACAAUUACGUUUUCCAAGGGCAGCACCCUCUCACACUGAACGAAUCAAAUCCCAACACUGUGGAAGUGGCUGUCGCAACUGAAGCCAAAGCGAACUCGCGUCCGAGGCAGUUGUGGAGGAAGUCAGUCGAGUCUCUGCGGCAAGAAUCUCUCCGCCAAGAUUCGAUUCGGCAAGGCUGCCCGAGGGAGAAUGGUUCUGAGGAAAACCGACAGCAUUCCUUGAAAAGUCAGAGAUACAUCCCUGAGGAGAUCAUCCGCUCGGAUGUUUCAGACACCUCGAGCCGAGCCACUUGCCACAUGGAACCUGAAAACAACAAGCACCACAAGUCCAAGGACAAUGCGAAGAAAAGACCCGUCUCAAAAUAUCCGAAGGAUUGUAGUGAAGUAGAGUUGACAUAUCUGAAAAACAAACAAUCUUUGCCUCGGGAUAAAAUUUACAUUAUAGAUGCGGAUAAGGAACGAAGUUUUCAUUUGGAUACCCCUCAGUAUAUUGAGAAUAUUAUCCUUCCAGAGACGAUGGAGUAUUCUGAAGUGUAUCAGGAUCAUAACGACAACUACAGAAAUGCUGAGCCGAGUAACAGAACUCCUUUGCCAAACGAAGAAAGUCUUCCAAAUAACGAUCAAUACAAGCUUUAUUCAAAGCACUACAGCGGAAAAGAAAAGAAUGCUUCUUUUGGGGAGGCGAAUGAGAGGUACCGGCAGAACGCCACUCACUGCAGGAGUUGUCUUUCCAGCCUUCCCACUUACGCCGGGCACUAUUCCAGCCGGUCGCCGUACAAGUGUGACGCUUGCAUGCGGAUGGGGAACUUGUAUGAUAUCGACGAGGAUCAGAUGUUGCAGGAAACAGCCAACACCACACCACGGGAAAACCUGUAUCGCCACGACUGGGUCCAGAAUAACAACACCCAGCCUCCCAAAAAAAGCAAACUGAAGAUGAGCCGGCAGCACUCAUACGACAACAUCCUAGACAAAUGCAGGGAAAUGGACAUUGGGAGGCCCGCCCGCAGCACCAGCCUGAAAGAGAAAGAGAAGCUUCUCGAAGUCAACCCUUAUGCAACCCUCUUUACUGUCCCCCAGAGCAAACUCUUGAGCAACAAGGCUCCGCUUUUCUCCCGCACCCUGGACGAUGGGAAGAGGGUCAAGUCCCUGUAUUCUGACCGCUCAGCUGAGAACCCUUUUCUGCACUCUUAUUGCGACGACCAGCACUUAGUUCUCGGGCGGAGCCCCACAGACUCUUAUAAACAAUCCUUAAAAUCGAGAUACGACAGUUACUCAAGGUCGUCUCUAAGGUCGACCGCCUCGUACUGCUCCAGAGACGGCCGGGUCCACAACGAUGUGUACAUUUCAGAGCAUGGGUUGCCUUACAUUGCCAAUAAGAAUAGUGUGUACUCAACUCCACGAGUUUUAAAUUCCUGCAGCAAUAGACGCGUGUAUAAGAAGAUGCCUAGCAUUGAGUCAGAUGUUUAGCUUUUUCAUUAUCACCUUUAUAUGUAGGGAAACAUAGUUGCCAGCAUUCUAGAGGGAAAGAGGGGUGUCUUUCGCCGUGUAAUGGGAAUUGGGAGAUUCCCAAUGCCUUCCGUAUAUCAAAUUGGUACAAUGGUACUCAGGGGCUUAGAAGCCAUUCAUGGCUCUGACAUGCCACUUAUGGUUUUUGAGUUUGGCAGCGUGGCACCUGCCCUGUUUCAGAAAAGUGGGCAAGGCCCUUUGGAUGGUUGGGCCAGUGGCAUGUAAGUGGCAUGUAAACAUGGAAGUAAAUGUGGUUCUUUUGUGGACAGAAACUGUGAUUGUGGCUCUUCACAAGCUGCAAAGGGUGUACCAAUAUUAUUGUGCCUGUCAGUCGUACCAAAAAAAGGAAGCGAAGGGGGAGAUAUGCGAAAGAAAAAGUUUGCCACUUGAUGGGAAUAUCUGAACUGCAAAAAUAUACUGGGAUGUAACUGUCAUGGCUUCACUCAGUUGUUGCUCGGAGAAGGUGUCAAGGAUUCCCUGUUUCUGAGCUGUCCCCAGAAUUGCACUUUUGAGGACUGCCUAGAUAAGAGUCAGUCUGUUGUGUAGAUGAACCCGUAAGGGUGGAUUCAAGGCAUGGUGAAAUCAACAGGCAUUCUAAACGGUCGAACCCUAACUCCAUGUUGGCAACUAUGUGAAAUUUUCUACAUGGAGGGUUAUUUUACCUUGUCUGUUAGACCGAAUCCUUCUAGCACUUUUAUCCAGUGUAUUUCUUACCCUCCCCAGACUUUUAUUUUUUAAUAGAGAAUAAGCAAUAUGGUAUGCAUGUCGUUUGACACGGAAACAAAAACAAAAACGAGAAAAACAAAACAAAAAGAACAAAAAAAAGUUAAGAAUGCAUUUGCACACUGACAAAAGGUAAGACUUGUCAAAGAGAUUAGAGAGUUAACACUUUUAACAAAAAAAACAAAACAAAAACUCUAUAUCUAUAUCUGUAUCUGUAUGAUUUAGUUUCAUCUUUGUUUCUAAACAUGUUUAAAAAAAAAGGCAAAAAAAAUCCUCAGGGCCCAUGAAUGGAAACAGGAUUGUUGUCUUCAUCUGUGUCUGUCUUCUCAGAGGUCAAGACGGCGAUCCCAUCACAAACUCCCCAAGCACCAACCCCCCCCCCCCCACCCCGAAAUGAAACAAAUGGAAGUUGCACUAAGUGUACUUUGCGGAACCAGUGACAGGUUCCAGGUCAUGUGACCAUCAUCACACACACCCUCUAACCCCACCUUGCAAGACAUGCUAAGCCAGGGCAGGUCCUGUGAACAUCUUUACCCAGGACUAGACAUGGAGCAAACAGGCCUUCUUGAGAGCAGCUGUCAGGAAAUACCACUCUGGUGGCCAGGCAGAGGAAACCCGGUCUAAGGAGGCUGUGGGGUUUUCUUUUGCUUUUUGUUGCCUGGCAACCUGCAGGCAGUGCUGAGAUCUAAGCACACACACAUCCCGCAGGUAGAUCACCUGGCUCGAGACCAGCUGCUUCCAGCCUGGAUGGUUACUGCCCCUGUGAAGAAGCCAGUGGGAACUAAAGCACUUUAUAGGGGACGCUGGGAUUAAAACUCCAGACCCCUUUCUUCCUCCCACCCCCACCCAGCCAGAGACUCUGGUUGCUUCUCUUUGAGAUUGUUCCGUGGAGUUUGGACCACCCCCCUUCUUUUUAAUGAUUCCCAGAGCUAGGUCCAAUUUCACCGUUCUCGUGUCAGGUCACUUUCUUUGACGACCAGCUCCGCUCUUGUGCCAGAGAAAUAUAAAUUGAGCUUUACCGGGUCAUGGGGGGGGGGGGGAGUGAUAAGAAGCUUCCUGUGUGAAAUAUGUUUGUUAAAGGCGCAGAAGCGCAACCAGGAAAAUAAGUUGGUCAAUCCUGUUCUGACAGUGUUCUGUCUUGCCAGCAGUGAGCCAAUUAGUUUGGCAAGCCACUCCACCUGACUCUUCCCAACUGCUGCGUGGCGCGAUUCAGCAAGGCCUGUCCCGUGUAAUGUGUCCCGUGGCUCUGGGGCACGAGGAGAAGCGUCUGGUGGAUCCUAUCCCCUUGUGGUACAAUCCAUAAAUGUGGUUGAAGAUAGUUGAUCGCGAUUGACUAGCGCAGACCUUAGAAGGGUACCACUUCACGGUGGAAGCUUUCAAAAGGCUUAAGCGUCUCAAAAGGAGGUUUCUGCCUAUAGUGGUAGAUCCAGAGAUUCCAAGGACGCUCAAGUUGCCAGCAUCUUUUCUUUUUUUAAAAAAAGAAAAGAUACAUGUGCUGGGCUGUUGAUAUAGGAACUUCUUAUUUGGCUUUCUCCAUCACGUGCCCUAUAAAAGUUACAGCUGCUGCAUCAAGUCCUUCUUUUUCCUCACCUGGACGUGAUUCCCUCUCCCCCACCCACCCCAUCACAUCCAUGCUACCUUCUUAAUGUCAAAAUCCACCCAGGAGGCCAUUCUGGGCAAGGGCAGUUUGGUGACCAAGACCAUCACUAGAGAAAAUUGAGGCCCAUCUUACUCCACCUAGUAAGAUUUUGGCUCAUGUUGUUGUCCAAAUGCUUCCAUUUGUACCUCACAGGAUCUCAUCGAUAAUGGAAUCUGUUUGUAGGAAACUCCACAGUCCAACUUCACAUCUGGAAGAUCUGCAAAGAAGGAAAUAAUAAGUAUCGAUCUAUGGAGCUUACACCUGUAAAGCUGUAGACCUCAUAAUCUAACUUGAAACCUAAAUGUGUACACAAGUUUGUGUGUUUCCCUUGUUGGUGAUGAUAACUCAGGGCUGUAUAGUAUUCCUGUUUCUCUCCCCUCUCCCUCACAUUGCUCCAAAAAAAAUGAUCCCACCGCUGCCACCAAAAUAACUUUCGCUUGUUGUUUACAACUCAAUAGAGGUUAUGUCCAAUUGACUGUACGUUGAUGUUAACUACAGUUGUUGAUCUGUGACACCAACAGCCAUGUAUAUUGAACAGUCAUUACCAGGAAUGCAGCUACUAUUUCGAGUGCAAGUUUUUCUGGAAGGUCCGGCACCUCUUUUUAGUGACUCGGUUUUCUUCUAGAGUAUCACGUAUGUAUGUUUGACUUCUCUAAUCAAGCGCAUCUUAAGUACUUAGUAUAUGCACAUAAUACAAGUAAUUAUGUUGUCAUGGGACAUGCUAAGGGGAUGUGUUUUGAACAUUCAUGUCAAAUAAUCCUAAACUAGGGUCACACUCCGGGCUUGUAUUCUGCAUUUUCUGGGUUAUUUUACACAUACACACACACACAGACACUCAAUGCUGUGUUAUAUAAAAUGCACUAUAUGAAAAUUCACCACUUUUAAAGCAAGGAGAGUGGAGAAACAAAAACCAAAAUUGAAAACGUUCUGCUGUCCAGGAUCGUGGGGAGGACGAUAUUGAAAAUGCACCCAAUUGAAUCCCUUCCCCUCC